AUGAGACGUGCUAAAAUAUUUUCGGGUUCUUCUCACCCUGAACUUGCAAAUAGUAUAUGUGAGAGGUUAGGUGUGCCUUCUUCCCCAGUUGUAUUAAAGAAAUUUAGCAACAAAGAAACUUCCGUUGAGAUUGGUUGUUCUGUCCGUAACGAAGAUGUAUUCAUUAUUCAGUCAGGUUCAACUCAAAUUAAUGAUCACCUUAUGGAACUAUUGAUCAUGAUAGCUGCUUGUAAAGGCGCUUCUGCAAGUAGAAUCACCGCUGUUAUGCCAUAUUUCCCUUAUUCAAAACAGAGCAAAAAAAAGAAGUACCGUUGUGCCAUAACUGCCAAAGUAGUGGCAAAUCUACUUUCUGUUGCCGGUGUAGAUCAUAUUAUCACCAUGGAUCUUCAUGCGUACCAAAUGCAAGGUUUCUUUAACAAACCGGUUGAUAAUCUUUUUGCUGAACCUAGUAUUGCUAAAUGGAUUCAAGACCUAGUUCCUGAAUAUACUAAUGGUGUUGUUGUUAGUAAAAAUGCUGGUGGUGCAAAAAGAGUAACAUCACUCGCAGAUCGUCUUAAAAUAGAUUUUGCACUUAUCCAUACUGAUCGUACACGUGAAUCUCGCCGAAAGAAUUAUUGCGAUUCUACUAUGCCAUGUGUUACAAAUGUCAGAGUAAAUGAUGAUGAGGUGGUGGAGGAUGAUGAGACUGACGAAACCACCACAAAUCUUUCAACUGAUGAUUCUGCCGCUUCAACAACCAACGAGGAUGAAAUCGAUAUUAUUACUCUUGUAGGUGAUGUUGAAGGGAAAGUUGCCUUUAUAGUGGAUGAUAUGAUUGAUAAUUCUGGAUCGUUUAUAGCUGCUGCCAAUCAUUUGAUAAAUAAAUGUAACGCUAAACGUGUUUAUGUGAUCGCUACUCACGGAAUUUUAAGCGGUGAUAGUUUAAGAGAAAUUGAAAGAUGUAAGAGUAUAUAUAAGUUGGUAGUCACAAAUAGUUUUCCAAUUCCACCUGAAAAACGCAACCAGAUUUCCAAACUUGUAAUUAUUGAUAUUUCAGCGACAUUAGCAGAAGCCAUUAGAAGGACUCAUAAUGGUGAAAGUAUUAGUUACCUAUUCUAUACAGCAAUAUAA